UGUGCCAGUUCUGGAGGAUCGGCCCUUGCAGGUAAAAACCUCACCACCUUUCUUUCGUUAUCAGAUAGUAGUUAUAGUAGGCUAUUAAACUGAUAUGAAUAACACUGAGGAGCAGCUACUGUAGGCUAUGACUCAGAGAGGGGAGAAGUCAACCGCCACGGGACACAGUGAUUCCACGCCUUUUUCAUGUCAACAACAGCGUGUCUUCUCAUCCACCCCACGCAGACUAAACUGCAACGGGCAAGGAUUUUCAAUGGCGACACACACAGCACAUAAGAUCUGUGAUCUCCUCCUACUGCUUUCGAUCCUCUCUGUGUCUGUCAACUCACAAGGUGACCAUAUAGUUAAUACUAUCAAUGGUAAAAUCCGAGGAAAACGGCUUUCCGUACUUGGUGGUGAAAUCAGAGCCUUCCUUGGAAUUCCAUAUGGGAAACCGCCACUUGGCAAACUGCGAUUUCGACCUCCGGAGCCUGCGGAAAGAUGGGAGGGAGUGUUUGAUGCCACAAACUAUGCAAACUCUUGCUACCAGAUUCCAGAUACAUUGUUCCCAGGUUUUAGAGGUGCCGAGAUGUGGAAUCCAAACACUAAACUGAGUGAGGACUGUCUAUAUCUAAAUGUCUGGACCCCCUUUAACAAAGCGAGCCAGAGUUCACUGGCUCCUGUCCUUGUGUGGAUAUAUGGAGGCGGGUUUAUUUCAGGAACAUCCUCUUUGGACAUUUAUGAUGGCCGAUACCUGAGUAAAGUUGAAGGUGUUGUUGUUGUAUCAAUGAAUUACAGACUUGGUGCUCUUGGUUUCUUGGCUUUGUCUGACAACAAUAUCCGGGGCAACGCAGGCCUCCUGGACCAACGCUUAGCCCUGCAAUGGGUAUCCAAUAACAUUGUCAACUUUGGGGGUGAUCCAUCACAGGUCACACUUUUUGGAGAGAGUGCUGGGUCUGCAUCUGUUGGCUUCCACCUCCUCUCGCCAGGUAGUCAUGACCUUUUUCAAAGGGCUGUCAUGCAGAGUGGUUCCCCAAAUGCACUAUGGGCCUCAGUCAGCAAAGAAGUUGCCCAGGAAAGGUCCAUGAGGCUAGCAAAAUUAAUUGGGUGCCCCACAUCUUCUCCAGCUCAUCUGGACAUUUGUUUACAGAGGACUGAUGCUUCGGUGAUAACCUCAAAGCAAUUUGAUACGCUCACACAGCCUACAGUACUGCCAAAUCCCUUUCCUCCUGUCGUGGAUGGGUACUUCUUACCUGAUGAAGUUGAAGUGUUGCUGCAAAGUCAUAAUCUCCCAAAGAAAGAUGUGCUGUUUGGAUUAAACCAAAAUGAAGGGACAUACUUUUUAGUUUAUGGGAUGCCAGGAUUUAACAUCACUGGUGAGAGUCUCAUCACCAGAAUGGAGUUCAUAGAAGGAGUACAGCUUGCAAUGGCAGACCUUGACGCUGUUGCAAGAAAAGGGGCAAUUUUCCACUACACCGAUUGGACGGAUGAGCAUAACAGGAUGAAAAACCGUGACUCCCUGGGCAAUCUGGUUGGAGACCGAUUUUUUGUUUGCCCUCUGUUAGAGUUUGCUCACAGGUACUCACAAAAAGGCGGCAAAAUGUUCUCAUAUUUUUUUGAUCACCAGUCUUCCAUAAAUUAUUGGCCAGCAUGGAUGGGUGUUCUACAUGGUUACGAGAUUGAGUUUGUGUUUGGAAUGCCACUGAAUGUCACCUGGGGAUACACAAAGACUGAAGUGAACAUGACCAGGAAAUUUAUGAAACACUGGGCCAACUUUGCAAGGACUGGAAAUCCUGGAAUUGAUGGCGCUGCAUGGCCGUUGUUCACACCAGAUCACCAAGAGUAUGUUACUCUGAAUUCUCACCUUCCGGAGAAUAGAAGUAUGAUGAAAACCAAAGAGUGUUACUUGUGGAAUAAAGUCAUGUCAGGAAUACAAAAGGUUUCAGAAGAUCUACAGGCUUGUCUGAAUGCAAAUGGAGUAAUGCUGCACUAUGACUGCACAAUCCUUAUUAUUUCAUUGUUUUUCAUGAUCAUAUUGUUAGAUAUUGGGGAUAGCAACAAUGUGUUUUCCAUAUAGAGUGACUGCCAGGUGCCCAUAUACCAAAAAGCAGGAAAAAGUGGUUUAUCAUUCUUAUUUGUUUGGAGACUCAAAGUUCAAUUACGUGUUCUGUCCAGUAUGUUGGAAAUUUGGUCAUCUACUUCCAGGAAUUUGAGUGACCAUCUGACAACCGUACCUUGCCAGCAUGGCCAUAUAAUCUAUUUGUGCACAUGUGUGGAUUGAAUUCAUGAGUAAUAAUUGAAACAAAAAUUCCAGCAGAAAUAAGGGGAACCCAAGCCCCACCAUUCGCAAUGAGCUCACGUCGACAUAUGAUGACCUUCGCAGAAAGUGCUGGAAAAGUAAUUCCACCUAAGCACCAGCAGAGGGCGACAAAACACUAGAAACACAGGCAGGCAAUAAGUGGACAUAACUGUAGAGGUGCAACAAUUAAUCGAUUAAUCGACAACUAAUCGAUUAUUAAUCGACAACUAUUUGGUUACCAUUUAAUCGUUGAAUCAUUAACCUUCACCUUAAACUUGUCAAAAUUCUUGAAAUUAUAACCUACAUUUAACUUCUCAGUUGUAAAUAUUAUCAGAUUUCUUGAUUAUAUUUUUUUUAAGUCAAAAUAGGACAUGAACAAAAAUCUGCUUUUACUUUGGAAAACAACAAUUCACAUCACUGCCAUUUUUCGAACAUCUUACUGUCUAAACUAGCUUAUAAAUAUUGCUGCAACAACUAAUCGAUUAAAUCAACUAGUAAAUUUGUUGCCGACAAAGUUGGUAAUCAAUACAGUUGUAGACCACAGUUAAGUCGUCAAGCUUUUAAUAAAAUAUUAUUUUUGAAGGAAAUACUCAUCCAUUUUGUCUUCAUUGUCACUUACAAUGUGCUGAAAACAACUUAAAGGUAAAUUAUGAAGUUAAUUGGAAAAAGUGACAUUUAUUCGAUUAACCGUUUAAUCGUCCAAUUAAUUGAUUGUGAAACUAAUCGUUAGUUGCAGCCUUACAUGACAGCACUGCCAUAUGCAUAUUGAACCAAAACCGAUAAUGAAAAACCGUUGUCGAUAUUAUAUGAUAUAAUUUUAAAAGGCUUUCAUUAGCUGAUAUUAUCGGCUACCCGAUAAUAUCGGACAACUCUUAAAGAAACCAAAAGUUACUACGGCUGAUAUAUUAAAUCUAAGUUAACAUUUAAUUCCCAAUUUAUUAUCAAAUCUUCAACAGGCAUUGUGCUGUAUUAGUAAAACUUCCCAAGUGACUUUAGCAACCAAUCUGUUAUUUUGACUUGAUUAGCAAACAGGAUAAACUCACUGUUCACUCACGUAGUUUUUUUUUUUUUUUUUUUUUUUCCACAACGGUGUAGUGAAUUGACACGUUUCCAGUGAACAGUUAGUGUGAACAGCUGCAUGUUUUUCAGUUUUCCUUAUGGCAUCACUUAUCAUUGCAUUACAAUUUUGAUUUGAAUGAAAUGAUUGCUUUCAACACACUGGACCCCAUUAAGUGUGUAGAAAGAUGAAAAUCAAUAGAUGGACAAGAGUGAUAUUUUAAGUGUGAAGCAUGAAAAAUAGAGGUUGUGAACGCACCUAGGCAACCCUGUAUUAGUGUUUAUUAAACCAAAGUGUGUUGGCAAUUACUUUUACUAUCAGGGAAUGUCUGUAUUUUUAUUGGCGCAUUUAGUUGCGAUGUGCUUACACAGGAAGGUUAGCUUUAAUCCACAACAAUAAAAUAUAAGUUGUAUGGUAUUAUAUCUCUAACAGAAAAGUGUUUAUUAAUAAACAGUUUAGUUUUUAUUUCAUACCAUGUACCACAGUACCUACUCAACUUUCCCCCCAAAAUUUUACUUUUCUGAACCUUUGUGGAAAAAUAAACAACCCAACCCAAAGGAAAAACAAUAGAUUCAUGUGCUGUAUAGAAACUGUUCAAUCACACUAAGACAGACAAAAUAGGAAAUCUCAAGGAAAGGGAAGAACAGAUCUAGAAGAUAGUACAGCUUUAUAUCACACCAAACAAACUUUGAAGGUAUACUGUAUGUUUCAUUGUUGUUUAAUUUCAGUAAAUGUGUUUAUAUUUCUGCAAGUUGUCCAUCCUCGUAAUUGCACCAUCAUGACUUAGUUGUUCAAAUAUUCCGUACUGGAUAUGUCUCUUCCUUUUUUUUUUUUUUUUGCAUGUGGAAAAUUUUGUCUGACCAA